AUGUAUGACACAUACAGAACCAGAGUCCUAAUUGAUAACAAUUUGUAUGACACAUACAGAAAGCGAGUCCUAAUUGACUUCACAUUCCAACAGUUAGAGGUGUUAUCUCAUCCUUCCAUAGCUUGCUUUGUGAGUCACUGUGGAUGGAACUCUGUACAGGAGAGCAUCACCAUGGGCGUGGCAAUGAUCUGCUCGCCUUAUUUCACAGAUCAGUUUCUUAACCGGACAUAUAUUGUGGAUGUCUGGAAGAUCGGACUGCCUUUGGAAACGAAUAAGGAUGGAGUAAUAGAGAAGGGGGAGAUUACUAAAGCCGUUGACAGAAUGCUUGUCAGAGAAGACGGCGCAGAGAUAAGGAAGCAAGUCACCAAAUUAAUGAGAAACAGUAGUGAUACGGUGAAGGAAGGAGGGUCCUCGUUCAACAACUACAGUAUACUUCUUCACCAGAUGAAGAAGCAUCUGGCUGACUGA